CUCCUCCCCCUAGUAGAAUUAACUUGAAUUUAAUGCUUGGUUAGAAGGAACUCAGCAGAGGGAAGCACAAUUUAGAAGUAAAUUGGUCACAGGCGACUCCAAUGCUGCUUAUCAGGCAACUCAAAGUAGUGCACAGUGCAAGAAAUCCUAUUCUUCAGCUUGAGCUUUGAGGUAUGCUUUGUUUGAAUCUGCUCCUCCUGGCAGAAGUAACUUGGAAUUGGAUCUGGUAUUCUUUGUCUGGAAUUGAUAGAGAUCCUCUUAAUUAUGCUCUGUGUGAAUCCAAGAAGAACUGGACCGUGCUAUUACACCUUUACAGUCUGAUUAAUUAACUCUCUCCUACUACAGGUAAGUGUUAUCAGUGAGGAUCUUUCAGUUUAUUGGGUUUGAAUUGGAUUGGAUAAUGCUGUAUGUUUCACUGAGAUAAGCAUUAUCUAAAUUCACACAACCAUGAACCUAUGAAAAUGGUAUAUCCUAUAACUUUCUUAAGACAGAGAUAUUCUGCAUUAGUUCAGAGAGAAAUAAGAGUGUGAGAAGAAGGUAGACAUCUUCCUCUGUCUAAACUACCAAGCAAGAUGUAUAGUUAUUGGAGGCAAGUUGAUUAUCUUUUUGUUUCAUGCUCUAAACAAGCUAACAAGAAUAAAACUACCGAACACUUGAAUCAAGUAGUAAUCGUAUUGUUUCAGCUUAACCAGAGGUUUUGAUUUGGAAUUUUCGGUCUUCUUCCUCUGGCAAAUAAAACUGAACCCAGUAUAUUGCAUCAGUAUUUUUACACCUCUCAUAACAUUUUAAUUGGAAAGUUAUGCUUGGCUCAUGGGUAAGAAUCUAGACAUUUCUUGGAAUAAUUUUUUUUCCCCCUGUACCUUUUGUCCUGUCCUCCUCUGAAAUAAAAUCAAUGUGUUAGCAGCAUAAAACACUCAGAUGCCCAGACAAAGAUGGAACUUGAGGAUGCUUUAUUUGCAGCACAAAAGGAAGACAAGGACUGUUUAAUUGAAGUUGAAAGUUCCAUUGAUGGCAACGCAAAUUUUCACAGUAUUCUAAGAAAGUUUGCCCUUCAGACAGCAGAGACCACAAUAAGAUUACUCUCAGCUUCUCUUAGCCAAAGCUCUAUAAAAGAUGAUUUCUUUUACUUCAAGGUUGCUCCUCUUGAGAUCCACAGGGCUAAUCUGGAAGAUGCAGAAAAUCAGCGUAGGUUUCUUAUGCAUGCCAUGAAAGGGGUUAAAAGUAGUUGCUUCUUAUCUCUACUGAAGGGCUCAUUUUCGCGUUGGAUAUGGAAUGAGUUGGGUAUUUUGGUAAGUUUUCUAAUCUGCAUUGCGUAUAUAAUUAAAGGUAUAAAGCUAUUCCUGGACCAAUUCAUAACGGCUUAAACUU